UUAAAGCAUCUGCUCUAAAGAAAAGGGCUGUUGUUUUUGUUACGCUGCUGAAGCAUUCACUCUUGGAACAAGAAAGAAAAUCUAUUUCAAUCGGCACUGCCCUGUAAACGUGUGAGCAGCAUAUAUAGAAAGAAUAAAGCCAAUAAAAAGACGUCUCUUAGAGCGUCCCCUUUACUGUUAUUUUCUUGGAAAGCACUCAAAGGUUUUUUUUUUUUUUUUUUUUUAAUUCAAUUCCGGCAAGCAGAGUAGCUCAAAUGGAAAAAUGACUUUGGUGAUGACUGGCUUAAAGCAAUGCUAUUUUUAAAGGUGUACUGCACAGCUCUGCUAGUUCUUUAUGAAGUAAGGAAUGCCAUCUGAGCUGCAUAAAUGUUUCACUGGAGCAAGUGGAAAAAAAGGAUGGGAGCUAAUAGUUCUUCCAAGAGGCCAGUCUUUGAUGAAAAGGAGGAUGUGAAUUUUGACCAUUUCCAAAUUCUUCGGGCCAUUGGAAAAGGAAGCUUUGGGAAGGUCUGCAUUGUGCAGAAGAGAGACACUGAGAAGAUGUACGCUAUGAAGUAUAUGAACAAACAGCAGUGCAUCGAGAGAGACGAGGUCCGGAAUGUCUUUAGAGAGCUGGAGAUCCUACAGGAAAUUGAACAUGUAUUUUUAGUAAAUCUCUGGUACUCAUUCCAGGAUGAGGAAGACAUGUUCAUAGUGGUUGAUUUGCUCUUAGGCGGUGACCUGCGCUAUCAUUUACAGCAAAACAUCCAAUUUACAGAAGAAGCAGUCAAGCUGUACAUCUGUGAAAUGACCCUGGCUUUAGACUAUUUACAGAGUCAGCACAUAAUCCACAGGGAUCUGAAACCAGACAAUAUCCUUCUGGAUGAACAAGGCCAUGCACACCUCACUGACUUCAACAUAGCAACAAUAAUAAAAGAUGGUGAAAGAGCAACUGCUUUAGCUGGAACAAAACCAUAUAUGGCACCUGAAAUAUUCCACUCCUUUGUGAACGGGGGCACUGGAUAUGCUUUCCAAGUGGACUGGUGGUCUCUUGGAGUCACCGCUUAUGAAGUUCUUCGGGGAUGGAGACCCUAUGAUAUCCAUUCCAAUAGCACAGUGGAGUCUCUGCUGCAGUUAUUCAGCACAGUGAGUGUGCAAUAUGCGUCCGUUUGGUCUAAAGACAUGGUGGCACUGCUGAGGAAGUUACUUACUGUGAACCCUGAGCACCGCUUCUCCUGCCUCACGGAUAUGCAGAGCUCUCCGCUCCUGUCAGACGUGAACUGGGAUGCUGUGUAUGAAAAGAAGGAGGAAGCUGGCUUUGUACCAAAUAAAGGCCGGCUUCAUUGUGAUCCUACCUUUGAACUUGAAGAGAUGAUCCUGGAGUCCAGACCCCUUCAUAAGAAAAAAAAGAGGCUAGCGAAGAACAAGUCAAGGGAAAACAGCAAGGACAGCUCCCAGUCAGAAAACGAUUAUCUUCAGGAGUGUCUAGAGGUUGUACAACAAGAAUUUAUGAUCUUCAAUAGAGAAAAGUUGAAAAGGGGACAGGAAGAGUCGAGUCAGUCGGAAUGCCAGCCGGAAGCUGAGGGAGCUGCUGCAGAUGACAGGGAGGCUGAGAGCUCCACUCUGAACAUGUGCAGCUCUGUGUGUUCAUCCUCAAGCUAGAACCAGAGUCACCUGCCUUUACCCAGGCUGCACGCUAGAAUAAUGUCCUUGCCAAUACAAUUCUCAGCCUUUCUUUUUGCAGCUGUUAUUAGAAUUAACCAUGACUGCCUUUAAAUCUAACUUUGUAGCAACAACAAAAAAGUAGUCUUCGAACAAUUACAUUUGUGAGGUCAAAAGAGCAACAGCUGUCUAUGCAGCAUCAAGCAUGGUGGUGAAACGGGCUUGCCAAGACACACAGGGCGUAGCCAACCUGAAACAUGUUAAUAAGAGCUCCAGGGUUCAUGAGAGACACUGUAGAAGACCUCUCUGUGUUCUUUGAUUAUUACCCACUUGUUUAGGUCAGCAUGGUUUAGAACAAGGGCAGGGGAAUUGUACAUCCCAGAAGCCACUGGCGUGUUGCUCUUGUGUGUCAGUAAUCCAUAAGAACAUAAGGAAUUCUAGAACGAGAAAAAAGCCAUUUGGCCCACUUAUGCUCACUUGCUUAAUGCAAGUGUGGUCCAUUAACACUCAGGAGAGGAAAAACAAAACCCCCCUAACCAUUUAGUUAGUAGGGGAAAUGAAACCUCUUGGAGUCCGUGGCUAGAUGGACCGCCCUUCCUCCAAACGGCUAGCUAAAGGUCUUAUUAUGGUCACAGAGAGGGUUAUACAGUAUUGUUCAUGACAGCAUCCAUAGGCUCUGCUUCAACAACUGUGUCUGGGAGCCUUUUCCGGUGGUUCAGCACCUGUCUGUGAAAAAGCUCCUUCUCCCCUCAGUUCUGAAUAUGCCCUUCUUCAGCUUCCACCUGUGGCCUCUGGUUCUGUU